AUGCCUCCAUACGUAUCGUCCAACAUCAGUAGGAGCCAACUUAUCAAGCGAAACCUUACCAAAGGUAAGUUUUUGUGGGUGGUCGGCAUAGCUGUUUUCCUCUUCCUUGAGGUAGCUUUCCAGACCUCAUACACCACCAUGGCGCUUGCUUUCAACUCCCCUCACCUCGAAAAAAUAAGCCAUCUAACCAGUUUCAACUCGGCCAGCAACUUGUCCCCGAUCGAAAGGAAACUGCUAACUGCGUUCCCGUUUGAGGAGACAGAGCCUGAAAAAAACAUUUUUCAGCUCUGGGAUAUAGAAUCUCAGACAGACGACCUCCCGGCCAAGGUAACCCAGAUGGUGCUUACAUGGGGCAUUGAAAACCCUUCCUAUGUUCACAAUGUUCUUGAAGUAACCCAGGCAGAAGCUAAGGUGGAGGAAGUGCUCACAGCUACCGUUCCCGAGGUUUGGGAAGCAUACAAACGACUGCCCCACGCUCGCCAUAAGUACGAGUUCCUCAAGUACCUGCUCAUAUACCUAUUUGGGGGAACCUAUGCAGAUGUCGAUGUUGAGCUCCAUAAGCCUAUUAACAAAUGGUACCAUCCACGAAUGAUGUUUGGACGCCUUUACGUUGGGAUUCUGGGCGAUCUGAACGAGCCAAAUUAUGACCGGCAUCUUAAUAGACGACUCACGUUCUCCACUAAUGUGUUCCAGGCCAGGUCCCGGCACCCAUUUCUGGCCAAGCUCAUUGGCCGUAUAUCGCACACUUCGUUGCAACAGAGCAAGCGACUGAAAAAAAUCGAUUGGGAAGCAGCUUUCCAAAACUCUGAUUCUACCGGGGAGCCCACCAUUUCGUUCACAGGACCGUCAGUCUUCACAGACACUCUCGUGGACUACCUGAACAAUAUUCCAAACGCCGUUCAUGCAAGUGUCUCGAAAUCAUUGCACAACUCGAUUGUGGGACCCACAGUGCCCAAAUCGCAACGGUUUUCGUACAAGAAAUUCAGCCAGAUUCUGGCACCCUCGCAGGUCGAGGAUGUGGUGAUCUACCCACAGGUUUCAUUCCAAGGCCCACUGGAUAACCAAGAGGACGACAAUUCUAAUUAUUUCUACGCGCAACCCAGCAAUUUUUCAAAGUGGGGGUACAGAUCGAACUUGGACUUGAAAACUCCGAAAUCUGGCUGA